AUAGAAAAAAAAACAUAAAAAAAAAAUAGUAAUAAAUAAAUAAUUGGUAUUAUCAAUUCAUUUAACUGAAUAGAUGUAUAAGAACAAAGUAAAAAAAAUAAGAAGUAAUUGACCAAUAUACUCCCUUUAACCUACUAACCUUAUACACAACAGACUUCACGUACGCCUCCAUCGAUUGCUGCUCCUGUCGUUGCCUCCUCAAGCGAGCCCUCCCCUGCUCGUCGCCGUUAGGCAUCUCCUCCCCACCGGCCGGAGAUCGAAGCAACAACGGAGACCUUCGACCCCACAGCUAAGUGAAAUCAAAGAUUUUGUGUUGAGUUGAUUAAAUACGAUGUCCUACGACGAUGUGGAGAUUGAAGACAUGGAAUGGAACGAGGAGCUUAAGGCAUUCACGUAUCCUUGUCCUUGUGGAGACUUGUUUCAGAUAACAAAAGAGGACUUGAAAAUUGGUGAAGAAAUCGCCCGGUGUCCUAGUUGCUCUCUUUACAUCACAGUCAUAUACAACAUUGAAGAUUUAGAUUUCACCAAUCAGAAACCGAAAACGAAUAUCGAACCCACGAAGCAACAACCAGUAGUUGUCGCUUGAAGAAAGAAAAAUUCACAUCAUAAAUUUUGUUUGUAUGUUAACCUAGGGUUACUAUCAUUAUUAAUUUUUUGGUUUUUGGAUUUGGGCGUUUGUACUUCGUAUGAUAUGAUUGAGUUAACCGUAAGCUAGUUAGUUAUGUUGAUAGAUUUAUAGACAACUGGAUUGCUGAUGGCAACAAGUUUUGAUGAAGCCGAGUAAAUCAAUCAGACUAGGAUAUGAUUUUCUGUUUGUGUA